ACACAGCUAAUCAAGUCAUUCAGUUCAUUACAUCUCAUAUUGUCUCUCAAGUCUCAACAUGGUUAACGUGUCGCCGGUUUCACUUCUCCUGGCACUUGCAUUACUGCACACAGCAGUAAUAGCCAAAUCGCACGACAAGCCGAGUGGUCCAAACUGCCAGACCUUCUCCCAAGGAGUCCAGUUCAAUGACACUGAAGCGAUAGGUUCCUGGCAUCUCCUUCAUUUCAGGACAGAGAAAACAAAAGGCUCCGGCGACCCUCAAUGUGUGGAGUUCUUUGCUGUCAGCGAAGAGGAAAGGAAGAACAUAGAACAACUCAUUGGCAAAUACAUAGAGAACCUCAAUUGGGACACGCUUUCUCUGAAAAUGAAGAUCCCCUGUAAAACUAGCGAUCCUAAUAAAACGAGGGACUAUUACUUGGAGAAGCUGGAAGGAAAUGGCUCUUACAGGACUCUGCAAAUGCCUCCACCCACAGCAAAACUUGACAUAACGGGAUUCAACCGCUACCCAAUGCGCCUGAAAAUCAUCGAGGGUCAAUACCUGGCCAUGAUGGACUGUCACGAGAAGUUCGUGUUCAUCCUGGGCAAGCAGCCGCCUGAAGGGAAACAAGCGGACAACCGAUUCCAAAAGAUGAUCGAAAUGUACUGGCCUGAGGAAGAUUAAAUCUGUACCUAUUGUUCGCGACAGGUCGAGAUAGUAAUCGGGGUAUGAGGUAAGCAGGGGGGAGGCCUGGCACACCCGCGCUGUCAUAGUUUUAGUGUUGCACGAGUUCGUAUCGACCGCGUUUAUCGAUUUCGUCGUUGUUGUAUUCCUACUUCAGUUGCCUGUUCGUCACGUGUAAAAAUAAAAUAACCAAUAAUCCAUUCUCAAACACGUGAA